AUGGCGUGUCACGCUACGUUUGCUGAUGUUGUUGAAGAUCCUGUGCUCUAUCUCGAUGCCGCUGACAACCCUGCGCAUCCGAAGGCAUGGGAGAACCUUGGUACCGAAGGCGGUGAAUUGCUUGUCGCAGACAAGCCAAUGGAACUCGAAGAAGGCGAAAUUAAAAUUCCUGCCCUCGGUGUCAGCGAACCGAAUGCGAAGUAUUACACAACCAAGGAAUCCCAUUCAACUUUUGGCGGUCCGCCACCCAAAAAUCCACCACUGUUUUUCGAGGACUGGACAUUGGAAUUCCUCUGUAGGCGCAACGGCGAUUUUUUUCUUGAGGAGCAUCACUUCGCCGGUUUCCAGAACAGUCCAAGAGAAGGCAAGCAGGGAGUUCGGCUGUGGAUAGUCGGCGGUCAGAAUUUGGACAUGUCCAUCCAUGCUGGUGGUUCUAAGCAAGGUGUUCAACCGCUUAACCUCAAACUUGAGGAAGGUGUUUGGACCUGGAUAACGGUUGUCGGCACGAAUGAUAAGUCAAUUGUAGCGUAUCAAGAUGGUAAAGAAGUCAGCGAACAAGCCGGUUUUGAAUUCGACAAGAGUUUACCAAUAGACGACAUCUCAAUCGGUGCCAAUUCCUUCGAUGAACGCCGUCGAACGUUUAAUGGUUCGUUUGCGAUUGUCCGCGCUUAUGACAAAGCACUAUCCGAAGCGGAGGUUAACCAAAACAUCUCUGACACAUUUGCUGUUGAUCCGGCAGACAAACUUCCAACGGUUUGGGCAAAGGUAAAACGCGACUAUCAAUAG